AUGCUCAACAUUGGAGGUCCCAAGCAGAGGAGACGAGCAUUACUGUCAUCGGUGAUUACGUCAGUACUCACCCACGGCAUUGCUGUAUGGGCGGAGGCCCUUCAAUUACAGCAGAAUCAGCGCAAAGUGGGGCCUGUCUACCGACUUAGUGCCCUUAGAGUCGCCAGCGCAUUUCGCACCGUGUCCAACGAUGCCGUGUGUGUUAUAGCCGGAAUGAUGCCAAUUGAAGUGCUAGCCGAGGAACGAAGAUCCCUAUUCCAGCAAAAAGGAGAGACGUCAUUAAGUCCAACCGAGAUUCAGGCUGAGGCCAGACGAAAGAGCAUAGAACGAUGGCAGUUACGAUGGAGUACCUCACUGAAAGGUACCAUGGAAGACGCAGAGCAUGUAUUUUUCAUGUGUCCACGUUUCAGAACGAGCCGCUUGGAGUGGGAGAAUGAACUUGGAGCAUCGAUCCUGCCCGAGAACUUGGUGGAAGCCAUGCUGUCAUCGAAAACAGCCUGGGACGCAACGAGUGACUUUGCGACGAAAGUCAUAAAGGAGCUCCGCGAGGAAGAGCGUCGUCGAAAGAACGCUGUAUAG